AUGGCUAUUCUGACCUUCUACUUCUUAGCCUUCUCUUUCCUCUGCAAUCUCUCAACUCUUCCUGUGCUCACCAAUGCUGUCUCCGACUGCGGCGGAAGCUGCACCACCCUCAACGACUGCGCCGGCCAGCUCAUUUGCAUCAACGGCAAAUGCAACGAUGAUCCUGAAGUGGGCACGCUCAUCUGCCGAGGCGGCGGCGGUGGCGGCGGAACCUGCCAGGCUUCCGGCAAUUUAACCUGCAACGGUAAAUCCUAUCCUCAGUAUCGUUGCUCCCCGACAGUCACGUCCUCCACGCAAGCCAUCCUCAACCUCAACGACUUCAGCGAAGGCGGCGACGGCGGAGCACCGUCCGAAUGUGAUGAGCAGUACCAUAGCAACUCGGAGCGCGUGGUGGGGCUAUCGACGGGAUGGUACAACAACGGGUCACGGUGCGGGAAGAUGAUAAAGAUCACGGCCAGGAACGGGAAGAGCACGACGGCGAAAGUGGUGGAUGAGUGUGACUCGGUGAAUGGGUGUGACAGCGAGCAUUCGGGACAGCCACCGUGCGGGUAUAACAUCGUGGAUGGGUCGCAGGCGGUGUGGAAUGCGUUGGGGCUUGAUUCGUCGGUGGGUAAAGUAGAGGUCACCUGGUCUUUUUUACCUGAUGAGCAUCAGCUGGUCUGCGUGAUGAGCUACUCGUAA